CUCUGUGUGUGUGUGUGUGUGUGUGUGUGUGUGUGUCUGUGUUCUUGGCUCAGACAACCACACCCUUUCCGUUCCGCUUUAAGCCUCGUCUUAGUUUUUUCUUUCUGGCCUUUCCUCCGCUUUUGAUUUUCUCUUGUGUUCCUGCUGUUUUACCUUUCCGUCUUAUUCCGAGGUUCUGAUAAUUAUUCAUUAUUUUUAUGAUUACUGGUUUCGUUGUUCUUCUUUUUUGGGCCUUGACCUUGAUGAAGGCUUGAGAGCAAGACCGCCAGUUUGUGCGUCUCUGUUUCCUUGGCCGCCUUGAUAUCAUUUACAUGAACCGGGGAAGGUGGCACCGACGACUUCUGACCAAAGCUUGAUGUUUUGUGAUUUUGUUCAUGGAAAAGGCAAUCAUUUAUUUGAUAUCUUAAAAGGAUCUUGGUCGUAUCAAAUCUAUUUGACCAAUCCACGAAAUGCCUAGAAUUUGAUAUGUUCGUCUAUAAUCUUGCUUCAAUGUUGUGUUCCUGGCGGAGGGAACUCUGGUGUUGGUGGAUGGAUUGGAAAUUUAAGUUUGUGGAUAGAACGGCAUUUAAUAUUAAUUGAGAUAACUCAUAAUUACUGAUGGGAGAUAGACUUGCACUAUCAACAAACAAGUUUUAUUCGGUUGAAAAAUGAUUUUAUUUGCUUAUGGAUAAAGAUAUAUCAGUACACCGGUCGCGUAGGUUGAUACCCAAAUUGUCACUGGUUACCAUCUAAAGCAUGUUUCUGAACAUAUCGAAUGCCAUAGUUUCUUUUCCUUUUUUUCUCACUUCUUAACGUUUCCUGUUAAAUUUUUUUGCAUUUGUUUGGGCUUCUAGGAAAAUUCUGUUGCCUGAAGGCCGCAUGGGGCAUUCUAUGAUGCUUUUUACUACCAAGGCUUGCAGAUGUCUAAUCUUUUUUUCUAUUUUAAAGUGAUAUUUGGUGGUUUAAUUAAAAAGGAUAGUUCCUUGCAAUCUAUGGAAACUGCAAGCUGCAUCACUUAUUCAUUUUUGGCAUGGCAGCAAAUGCGUCUGGACUAGCACUUGGUCUAUCUCUAGGCAUCUUCAUGUAGAACUUGGAAAUGUUUUUUCUUCUUUUAGAUGCUACGUGCAUAAAUUGGAUCUUCGGGAGUUUGCUUGGGAAUGUAUGUGUGUAUGAUCUAUACAGGUGGUAAGUUUAGAAGAUAUUAUACUUGAACUUUCAGACUGAUUGGAAGGUUCAGUGUGAAGGCAAAGCUGUGUUGAUGUCCUCCAUUUAGUCCACUAGCGUUCCAGUAAUUGCAUUUCUUAACGUAAGUACCUGCUUACAUUCACCUUGUAAGAGUUUGUAUGUCAAGGUGAGAUAUCUGCAUGAUACUGUAAUUUGCUUAAGAAAAUUGAAUUAUGCUGCGGCCAAAUUUCUGCUUUCUAGACAGUUUGAAAUUCCAAAUUCAUGUACAGCGGCUAUUUGAGAAUAUUUGUCAUGGUUGUGUUUGAGAGGUUAACUUUAGCAAGUUAAUGUUUAAACAUAAGUAGGUCCUUCUUUUGUGAAUGCUGAUGGAAAUUUUACUUUAUGCAUGUGCUUGUUUGGAUCCCUCUGCUUCUUCUGCGAACUGCUUCAGGUGCCAAUAUUUCAUGACGGUAUGAAAGAAUGGAGCUGUUGCAAGCAGAGAAGUCAUGAUUUCAGCAUGUUUCUGCAGAUUCCAGGGUGUAAAACUGGCAAGCAUACUACUGAAAAACCAAUAACAAAGGCUGCACCGAGCCCAAACAAGCCGAUUCCUCAACCUUUAGCAGCCAAGGCUCCCACCGAUGCGGAAAGAGCCAACUGUGCAAGAUGUCGGCAGGGCUUCUUUUGUUCUGAUCAUGGUGCACAAGUUAGGCAAGUUCUUUCCAAGGACUCCACGAAGCCACUAGUGUCCCCAGCAAAUAGUGUAGCCAAUGCCACGGUACCUCCUCGUACAAAAGUAGUUGACAUUAACGAGCCUCAGGUCUGCAAAAACAAAGGAUGUGGCCAGACAUUCAUAGAGAAGGAUAACCAUGAAGCUGCCUGUUCAUACCACCCUGGACCCGCAAUUUUUCAUGACAGGAUAAAGGGGUGGAAAUGCUGCGAUGUGCAUGUAAAGGAGUUUGAUGAGUUCAUGGAGAUACCUCCUUGUGCCAAGGGUUGGCAUAAUGCAAACCCUGCCUCGUAAUCUUUUUAGUCUUGAUGAUUGAUUUGUAUCCUAUGCACUUCAAUUUGAUAUGCCAAGUGACUGUUAAGGCCAGCGAGUCCUCAAGCAUAUCGAACAGUAACUUGCCUGAAGAUGUGUUUUUCAUAUCUCUUGUCGCUUCCAUGGAUGCAGGCACACGCACGCUCACACAUGAGCACCUGCUUGUGUACCCCUGUAUGGAAAGUCACAUGCACUGGUUUUUUUCUUGAAGAAUGCCUCCUGUUUCCUCGUUCUGGUCAUUGGCUUGGUUGCAAUGACAUUGAAGCAUUCAACCAGAUGUAAUGGAUGCUCAUGAUUGUGGGUCUGGUUAUCUUCUUCACUUGAAUUGCUUAAAUCAUCUCAACUUUUCACUGUUUUGCGUAUCCA